UCACAACCUAUCAUUUACCUGGAUGAUUAACCAAUCGACCAAUGUAAAGGGAAGGAUGAUUCCUUUGUGGAAUUGCGCUAUGAUUUCUCUCCGUUUUGUUCGACGACUCUAUACCAACCAAUGGCUCAAGUGCACGGUGAACCCGACGGAAUCGAACUUUUAACAGCGAUGGGACAAAGACGUCCUCUUGGCUCUUUUUCAUUGCUUCAUCCUCUUCUAUUCCCUCUGCCAUUUUCUCUUCUUCCAAUGACAGAUCGAUGACUGCUGCGCGAUCCUACGCUUCCUCCUCCUCUUUCCUCCUCCUCUUCCUCCUCCACCUUGCCUGCUUCUUCCUCCGUUCUCGUGACGGAGACGAUCGAACUCGGAAGCACAAGAUCACCGCUUCAUCCUCGCUCCCGAACUUCUGUCCGCCCUCCCAUUCCACUCCGAACCCCUCCAAAUUUCUCUCCCUCCGAUCCUAUCUCCGCCGCUUCCUCUGCUUCCGUGACAAUCAUGAACAACAACAAGAAGCUCCGCCACCAAGCGAUUCAACUCCCAUUCAACUGAUAGCUUUGUCACCGGAUCGCAGUCCAAAUGGGAAAGUUAAUGCCUACGUUGCCGUGUCAGCCGACGUGGCCAUCCACCCCUGCGCGUCCUGCGGCGAGGUCAUGAACAAGGCGCAACUCCUCGACCUCCACCAGGCCACGAUGCACUCCCUCUCCGAGCUUUCGCCCUCCGAUUCCGGCCAUAAUAUCGUCCGCAUCAUCUUCGAGUCGGGCUGGCGAGGCACAUCGCCGGUCAUCGUCCGUCGGGUCCUCAAGAUACACCACACGACGCGCGCCCUCGCGCGCUACGAGGAGUACCGCGACGCCGUCCGAGAUCGCGCGGGGAGGAAAGGGUGCGCCGCCGACGGGAGGUGCAUCGCCGACGGGAAUGAGCGGCUGCGGUUCUACUGCACAACGACGCUCUGUUCGUGGGACGCCCGGGCGGCAGGGGGCGUGUGCAGGAACCCGUUCUGCUGCGCCUGCGCCGUGGUGCGCCACGGGUUUGCCGGGAAGAGCGCCGACUUGGAUGGGAUCGCGACACACGCUACAAGCUGGGGCGCGCAUGCGGCGCUGCCGGAGGAGCUGGAAAGGGAGUUCGCAUUCCUGGGGGCGCGGCGAGCGAUGCUGGUUUGCCGCGUGGUGGCGGGGAGGGUGCUACGUCGGGGCGUCGUGGAGGAAGAUAAGUUGGAGAAAGGCGCGGGGUUCGACUCGGCUGCAGCGGCGGCGGCAGGGGGCGGCGACGAGCUGCUGGCUGUCUUCAGUCCGAGGGCGGUGCUGCCGUGCUUCGUGGUCAGUUACUCAGCCUGAGGUGGAAGUGGCGGGUCCCGCAGCUGCUAUUGAAGUUAGUGGUCAUAUGACUCACAUAAGCCUGUAUCUCCGCGUUGUAAUAUGCCGCGAUCAUAUGCCAGCUACGGACUCCAUGUAGUUUUAACUACCUUGUCGUGUAAUUUAAUGCUCCUAUCGAAUCUAUGCGCUAUUAUAAA